AUGGCCAUGGCUUCUACUAGCAUAGCAUCAAACGCCGAGUUAUCGGCUGCUGUUGCAGCUUCCAUCAGACCCUCUUCUAAUGAACCCUUGGCCACCCGACAACCCAUAGGAAGAUGCUCGUUUAGUCGCUUUUCCGAUAGAUUUCCGCUUCUAUCAGUGAGAGCCACAAGCAAUAAUUCGAUGUCCAUGGAAAAUAGCAGCAAAAGCAGUGAUGGGGCUGCUGGAGGACUUACAUAUAAGGAUGCUGGUGUGGAUAUAGAUGCUGGGUCUGAGCUUGUUAGGCGAAUUGCGAAGAUGGCUCCUGGGAUUGGUGGAUUUGGUGGUCUUUUCCCUCUUGGGGAUUCAUACCUAGUUGCAGGUACGGAUGGUGUUGGGACUAAGUUAAAGCUUGCCUUUGAAACUGGAAUCCAUGAAACCAUUGGGAUUGAUCUGGUUGCUAUGAGUGUGAAUGAUAUUAUUACUUCUGGUGCAAAGCCAUUAUUUUUUCUUGAUUACUAUGCUACAAGCCACCUUGAUGUUGACCUUGCUGAAAAGGUCAUCAAAGGCAUAGUAGAUGGUUGCCAACAAUCGGACUGCACUCUUUUAGGAGGAGAGACUGCAGAGAUGCCAGAUUUCUAUGCAGAAGGUGAGUAUGACAUCAGCGGGUUUGCUGUUGGCAUUGUUAAAAAGGACUCGGUGAUUGAUGGGAAAAACAUUGUGGCUGGGGAUGUUCUCAUUGGUUUGCCAUCGAGUGGAGUCCAUUCCAAUGGUUUCUCUCUCGUAAGAAGGGUUCUAGCUCGAAGUGGCCUGUCUUUGAAUGACCAACUUCCUGGUGGAAGUGUUAAAUUGGGCGAGGCUCUUAUGGCUCCAACUGUUAUCUAUGUCAAGCAGGUGCUUGAUGUGAUUAGCAAGGGUGGUGUAAAGGGCAUAGCUCACAUCACUGGAGGUGGUUUUACAGAUAACAUACCAAGAGUUUUCCCAGAAGGCCUCGGAGCUUCUAUAUACAAGGAAUCAUGGGAAGUCCCAACCCUUUUCAAAUGGAUCCAAGAGGCUGGAAGAAUAGAAGAUGCUGAGAUGAGUCGGACUUUUAACAUGGGCAUUGGGAUGGUUCUGGUCAUGACCAAGGAAGCAUCUCGCAAAAUUCUUGAGGAGGGACAGCAUAAGGCAUAUCACAUUGGUGAGGUUGUACAUGGUGAAGGAGUGAGUUAUCACUAA